GGUGGGUGACAGGAGGGGCGGGCGGGGCUAGCACUCCAGGAGUCCCGACCACGCACUCGGGAGCCUCGGUCCGCGGCGAGAGGCCCGGUCCUGGGCGGCCCACGGGCGCUGCUGCCUCGCGGGUCGGGACCUGGCCCUCCGGCGGCUGUCGGGGAGGCGAGAUGUGCUCGGCUGGAGAGCUGCUCGGCGGCGCCGGCAGCGGGGCGCGCGAAGAGGACGGGGACGCGUUGGCGGAGCGGGCUGCGGCGGGGACCGAGCGGGAGCCCGAGAUGAGCUCGCGGCGGCGCGAGCGGCGGUCGCAGGAGGAGCGUGAGCAGGAUGUUGAAGAAUCACAAAACCACACUGCUGAGCCUCUGGGAGAUGACUACAAAAAGAUGGGAACACUUUUUGGUGAAGUGAACAGAAGCCUCAUCGACAUGGGCUUUACAAGGAUGUAUUUUGGAGAACGAAUUGUGGAACCAGUGAUGGUCGUUUUCUUUUGGGUUAUGCUGUGGUUCCUUGGCCUGCAAGCCCUUGGACUUGUAGCUGUUCUUUGCCUUGUCAUUAUUUAUGUGCAACAGUGAAAUAUGGCCAAAUGAGCUGUUGUUUGACAUUUGAUAGCCAUACAUGUAAUCAGUGAAGUUACAUAUUUCACUACACGAAUGCUGAAAAGUUUGCCUUGUUUCAAAUUGUGUGCUAUUUUGUAGUUAAAUUUAUAAGUGGAUGUUGUUUAAAAUUACACUCAACUCUUGAUUAUAGUAGGGUUGAAUAUACAUUUUGUAGCUUAUUCAAAACUCUUGUUAAUUUAUACUGUGAUCUGUGCCCACUUUUAAACACCCCUAUUCCCAUGCCAAAUCUUAAGUUACACCACCAAAAAGUAAGCAGAGAAGAUAACAGGAUAUAGAAUUCAAAUCAGGCAAUAUAAGUCUUGUAAAGAGGUCCAAUAAACAUUUUAGAAGAAAAUGGAUGAAACAGGGAGCUAAAACUAAGUUUUAAGUGGAGAAUUGCUCCCUGCCCUCAACAAAUUAUUUGGGAAAUAAUUUGGAUUUCUAUCACCCCUGCUCAGCCCUAACCAAUGUAAAUGAGAAUUACUAUACACUACGGAAAUAUUUGGAUGAAAAUCAGUACAGCUGGUACAUCUUCUAAAGAUCAAAAGGAAUAUAUUUAUUAUUGCUGGGGAAACUUCCCAAAUGAAAUGUAACUUUUCAAUGAUGUAACACUUGGGCCUGGAAUCACUUCAAUGUAUCAUUUGAGUUUUAGGCAAUUUUGGUGCUAAUUACUUUUUGUGAAAUUUUAAAGUCUCAUAAGCCAGGUCCAUAGUUGGCUGAACCCCAUGGCAGUGCUAUAUUUUUUGGUAUCUAACAAGUUGCAUAUUUUUUCCUAGAGAGACAUUUUCAGAAUGUAUUUUUUCCAGACAUUUAUAUUUUAUAGUUCUUUUAUAGCAAUUAUUCUAAGAUUUUAAAAAUCUAUUUCUUAUCUUGUCAUAAUUUUCCCCAAAAAAAUUAAUUUGUAUUAUAGCUGAAAGACUUUAAUAUUCUUUUAAGGAAAAAAGUGAGCUCGUUUUCUUUGAUAUCUGAUUGGAAAGUACAGUAUUGCAGUAGAAAAGCAACUGCUUAAAUUUGGACCCUAGCAGCCUAUUGUAAUAACAUUCCUGUGAGGCCAAAGCCAAGUCUGUAAUGGCCAUUUUAUUAGUGCAUCUUAAUGCAGUACUUUGGAGUUUUAUACCGAAAUAAGCACAUCUGUAAGUAUACUUUGAAAAUGGAAAGUGGACUACUGUCAUUUUGGAUAUUGUUAGUGAAACUAAAAUCUUUACACUUUCCUCUUAGCAACUUUCUCUAUAGACAAAUGGGGAGGUAGUUAAGAUAAUUAUAUAAAAAUUCAGGUUAAAUCAGAGGCAAAUGGGGCAUUUUUAUCUUUGGCAGGGCAAUAACUAAAGCAAGUAAAAAAAAUGUUUACUAUUCCACUUUGCAAGUUUUUACCCAAUCCUGUUUUAAAAUUUUAUUCUAUAAGGUCUUAGUGUCUUCCGUUCUGCAGGAGAAAAUUGACUUUUUUUAAAUGUUCAACUUAGAUUUCUAAAAUCAGUUAAACCUGAACAAAAUGCCAGAGGGCACUAAAAAGUAUUGUGCAUUUGUUUAAAUGCAGACGUUUUACAGUUUUACUGAAAAAAAAAAAAGGCUACUAGAUCAUUGUGUUUUAUUAGGUUUGCAGUAUUUUUAUAGUACCUUUUAUGAACGUGGCAUAAGUGCAAGUUCUUUGAAAAGCUAUCUUCAUUUGUGCACAGUAGAAUUGUGAAGAUUUUUUUAAUACAAGUCCUGAGAUUUUGUAUAUCUGUAUUAAAUAUGUAAAAGCACAUUCCUGUCUAAUGCUACUGGGAAUUUUAAUUUUCCUUUAGAAUGUAAAACAAAAUAUAUAGUGUGCAUAAUAACAAUUCUGGUUCCACCAGUGCCUAACGUUAAAAAUAUUUUAAAAGCAAGUUUUACUUCAUAUAUAUAUAUAUAUAUGUGUAUAUAUAUAUAUAUAUAUAUAUGACUAAUAAGGUAGAUAUUAACUUACAUAAAUGAGAUAUUUGCUGUUUCUUUGUAUAUAUUAUUGGUUACAGCAGUAUACCAUCACAUUGUGUGCUUUGAUAGGAAAAAUAACUUUGCUUAUUUGAUGAAAAUAUUUUCUUUCAUGAAAUAUAUUAGAAUGCAGAUUAUACUGAUAUCCUGAAAUGAAAAGAAACUGGUAAUUUUUGGGGUUUAUAUUAUAAGGAAUUACAUUGAAAAUGAUUCUCAAUCAUUUCAAUCACAGACACAAGCCAAUUUUAGAAACUUAUUGCUUAUGAAUAAAAACGUAAAAGUUACAACACUGUUAUUAGACUUAAUGUAUACAUCACUCAUACCUCCAGCCCUAGUUGAAAGGAAAUGGUCAGGCAAAAUGAAUAAACUGACUAGAGGAAUAAAUCAAUUUUCUUUAGGGUGAAGCCAGCAUUUUGUAGAAUGCAGUCCUCUCAUAUCUUAAACUGU